CUUUAUGGGCGGAAGUAACGUGAAUUUUAGCUCUUUGUAUCGCAUAUAACAUGGCUACUGGACACGAAAAAGAGGUAAGCCUAUUCGACUUGGCAAGUGAAAAAAUAGCUGAUGCACAGAAGCUUAUGGCCGAGGCUAAGGACUUGCUAAAGCAAGACUUGGACAAUGCAAGACAAGAGAAAGCGGCCAUCGAAGAGAUCACAAAAACGUUGAGACAAAUUCACUUCUCUAGCAAGAUCAAGUUGAAUGUCGGUGGUAAGAUUUAUAAAACAACACUGGAUACUCUAAGGAAGGAUCCAGAUUCCAUGCUUUGCGCGAUGUUCUCUGGAAAGUUCGAGCUAAAGGCGGAUGAGGAAGAUGGAGCAUAUUUCAUUGAUCGUGAUGGGAAACUGUUUCGAUAUAUAUUGAACUACCUCCGUGACGGUGACUUUCUUUACCCUGAGGACCAAACUGUUAGGGAGCAGCUCCUGAAAGAAGCAAAGUUUUACCAAGUUCAGGGAAUAGUGCUUUGCGGAAGCCGGUAUGAUCUUUUUUCGGUACUAAUAAUAAAAGAUAAAAAUCACGAGUCAACUCUUCUGUCGUGGCUGUCACCUGGGGUUACUUUUUCUCUGCUGUAUUGUGCCUCUGCAGAUGGCAAUACUCCCGCCGAUUUUCACCGCUGCUGUGACAACAAUGGGCCAACUCUAGUGAUGAUCAGAAGUGAAGAUUGCAUCUGCGGUGGCUACACUUCAAAGUCUUGGGUAUCAGCUUCUCCCAUGAGAGCUAUUGAAGAUGACGAAUCUUUCCUGUUUACGCUGAUAAAUCCCUCUGGAAGUAAACCGAUGAGGAUUUAUGUAGAUCCAGAUAAUCCUGGUGGUAUACAGUGCGAUAGAGAUAAAGGCCCGUGCUUUGGAACCUCAAAGAACUAUGACCUUCAAGUGUGGUACACAUUCAAUGCUACUAGCCCCAAAGAAAGUUUAAGCAGGUUUGAUAUGGGUUAUGGCUUUAGUUGUCCUGAAAGUGUUAACAAGAGAACGUUCUUCACUGGAAAAUACCCGUUUAAGAUCACAGAACUCGAAGUAUUCAAGGUUAAGUUUUAGUCUGACUCAAAACUCUUAGCUUUAGAUAACAAGAAUAACGACAACAACAAUCUCUCUUCCUUAAAAGCUAUUACAAAAAAAAAAUAUUAAAAAUAAACUAGCGUAUUGGCGGCCUGGAAUAACCAUAGGGGACUAGCGGAGCCAGGCAGUCAGUUGACAUCAGCGGAGCCAGGCAGCCAGUCGACAUCAGCGUUACAUUAUCUGAAAUUUGACUAAAGAGAAUUCGAUAUCUUUUCUUACCAUCGAAGUAGCCUGUUCCAAUAUCUUAGGUUGUGGGACGGGUGAAAAGGCGAGGAACACAAAUUACCUUUUUUUUGCAGUGAGUAUUACUCAGUGAACAAAAGGGAAUGAUCCUUGGUCUA